CUCGCAUGUAAUUAUACUCUUUCCCCAAUUCAACGCAUUUCCCGAUUAUUUCUCCUGGCUACAAGGAUAUUCCAGUGCUUCAAAUUCGUUUGAAAAUUAAACCCAUCCAAGAGUAGGGGCUUAGGUACCUAGGUACCUACCUAGUUACCAAGCUACGAGGUAGCCCACCACCUAGGUAGGUAGGUUGCAAGCUUGCCUGGGCAGUGAGAGACAGAAAAUCGCAUUUCACAUCAACAACGCCACGCAUAUCCAGCAUCUUCACAAUGGAUGUCCAUCUUUUAAUUUAUGAUCUCUCAAGGGGCAUGGCACGGCAAAUGUCGGCCGGCCUGCUCGGCUUCCAAUUGGACGCCAUUUACCACACAUCAAUCCAGCUCAACGGCCUAGAAUACGUCUAUGACGGCGGCAUCGUCGCCAUCCGGCCGGGGUCGUCACACCUCGGCCAGCCGCUGGAAAAGCAGCUACUAGGACAGACUCACCUCCCGAUGGAUGUCAUCGAGACCUACCUUGACUCGAUGCGCUCCAUCUACACAGCCGAGGCCUACGACCUCUGGAAGCACAACUGCAACAACUUCUCUAACGACUUUGCCACCUUCCUACUGGGCCACGGCAUCCCAGACAAGAUUCUGAACAUGCCCUCAGAGGUCCUUGAGUCCCCACUCGGCCGCAUGCUGAUGCCCGCACUCGACCAGCAGGUCCGGGCAAACAGGCAGCAGAACGGCGGUGGCAUGCUCGGCAUCGGGCAGAACGGGAGCAGCGGUGCUGCACAACAUGCAAGCUCACAGCCCCGAACACCCAACCACCGAGUCCGCCAGGUUUCAACCCUCAGAGAUCUGGAUUCCCUACUUACACAAGCCCGAAGCUCAUGUGCCGUCGUCUUUUUCACGUCUGCCACUUGCCCGCCAUGCAAGAUGCUGUACCCAAUAUACGAGGAGCUAGCCGAAGAGGUGGGCGACAAAGGCUUCGUCAUCAAGACGGAUAUAUCCGUAGCUCGAGAUGUCGCUGCUAGGUAUUCAAUCACCGCCACACCUACUUUUAUCACUUUUCUCAAGGGCGAGCAGGAAAACAGGUGGAUGGGUGCCGACGCCGGCGCGCUCAGGGGCAACGUCCGCCUGCUCGUCCAGAUGGCGUGGCCGCCGCACCCGCACCAGGGCCUCCGGCUGCCGACGAUAGCAAAGACUGACCCCAAGCCCGUACUCUUUACCAAGGCGCCACCCCUACCGAAACUCACGGCAAAGAUGGGAGACAAGGUUGCCAAGGAUCCUGCCGUGCAGGGCGUUAUUGGCUUCAUCAUGGGGAGGAACUCGGACGGUGCCGCACAGGCACACCUGCCAGACGUGUCGGCAUUCUCGUCUUUCCUCGAGAGGUCGGCCAAGACUUUGGAACCGGAAGUGCUCUUCCCCCUAGUGGACGUGUUUCGCUGCGCACUGAUCGACCCGAGAUUCAGCGGCUGCUUCGCCGAAGAAAAAGACCACAAGACCGUUGUCGCGCUGCUAAGCCACGUCAACGAGCUGCCUUCCUGCCCAUACGCACUCAGGCUCGUCACCCUCCAAGCGACCGCCAAUCUGUUCUCCAGCUCGCUCUACUGGGACCCGAUUCUGCGGCACGACGCGCUCAGGUCCCAGGUGAUCCGGUUAGUGUCGUCCAGCUUCCUCGACGAGGCCCAUUCGAGCGUGCGCGUAGCGGCAGCCUCGGUUCUCUUUAAUGUUGCCGUGGUCAACGGCAAGGCGCGAAGGAAAGGGGCAUCGGCACCGGGUUCCGCUAGCACCAGCAGCGCCGGUGACGUCCUACCCGACGAGGACCAGGUCGAGGUGGCAGCUUCUCUGGUGGAAGCCAUCUCCCAGGAGAACGAGUCCAAGGAGGGCCUAGAGGGCAUGCUCCUGGCGCUGGGGCAUUUGAUUUACUGUCUGCCACUAGACGGUGAGCUGGCGGACCUGAUAAAGACGCUGGAUGCUAGGGGGACGGUGCUGGGUAAGAAGGAGAGUUUCAAGGACAUGCCGCUCAUUGACGAGAUUGGUUCGGUGCUGUUGGGAAGUCUCAAAUAAUUAGAUAGAUAUUUCUAGAACUUCCAUAGACUAAUGAAGGUUUUUUUUUUUUACAAGGUAUUCUUUAUUCGCUGCCACCCGCAAUACAUCGAUUAUCACAGCAUCCAGGAUACUAACAUCCAUUGAGUUUAAGUAGUGAAUAGAUCCCUCGCAUAUUAACCUGUGCUCUCUCUCAGCUCCGGAUAAUAAAAGGGUUAAUUGAAAAAAAUAAAAAAAGUAACAAACAAGAAAGGUAUCAACGGUAUGAUGUUUGUCAGAGUGACCAAUAUCGAAUCCUUUUUGAAAUACACCCAUAAAGAUGUUUAUAGACAGACCCAUUUUGUCCGACUUGUACUUGUAUGCAUGCUUCACUGCAUAUUUGAAUCUCAUUGGAGCCCUCAUCCAAACAAACCAACUACCCACUAACAACGCUCAGGUAGUGCUCAUUGGUGACAGAAUCUCAGCUUCUUGGGCACGUCAUCUAUGUACGUAUUAUUCACAUGGCGGAAGACGGCCCGGCGGUCCCCAAGUAGUGGUCGAGUGGCGAGUUCCGACGUUUACCCGACCUUCAACCGGACCAAAGGCAGCAAAACAGCUCUUGGCAAACAUGGAUAUGAUGCAUGGUUAUAUCUUCCAUGUGAGUCCUGCAAAUCUCCGUGUUAGAGUUGAACGUUUUGGCGGUCGGGUUCAAGUCCUUCGUAGUCAAUAGAUCGACCAUUCAUCAAACACCUGAUGUCUACAUGCACGGAGACCGCUACAAUAUCCGUGGCCAGGCCAUAUACGGCUGCGUCGCCCCCUGCUGCACAUUUGCAGCAGCACACAUCGUCGGACAGCAUAGAGCUCCAACCGACUGCACACCAUCGAAGGCAGCAGAAGCAAACCAGCGAGCAGGAUGCGGCAUCUCCCGAUAGAGCGGCAGAGACGCCUCAGGACCCGCCGUCGGCCAAGGUUCCAUAUGCCAAGCUCAUCGGAUGCGGGUUUUCAUUCUUUUUCUCGGGCGUCAAUGACGGCACACUCGGUCCUCUGAUCCCAUACAUCCAAAAUACCUUUUCCAUAGGCACCGGCGAGAUAGCCAUCAUGUGCGUAGCCAACCCACUAUGACCUAACCCCCUCGCAUCACAUUUGUGAGGCCAAACGGGAACGUCAUACUAACAAAAACCCAAACCAUACCCAAACUCUUCCAACCGCGCAUAGAUACGCAACCUCAUUCUUGGGAUGGUUCCUCGCCGCGCUCAUAAACCCCUUCCUGACGGACCAGUCCCGACACGCGACGCUCGGCCGGGUCCUGGUAGUGGGCGCGGCGCUGCAGCUGGCGGCACAGGUCCUGCGCAGCAUCCCCGUGCCGCAGCUGUCGCUGCCGCUCUAUGCCAUCAGCUUCUUCGUGCAGACGCUCGGCAUGGCGCUGCAGGACGCCCACAGCAACACCUUUGUCAGCUCGGCAAACCUGGCCCACCGUUGGCUGGGCUUCAUCCACGCGUCGUACGCUGCCGGUACCCUGCUCGGCCCGCCCAUCGCCACCGCCAUAGCAUCGAGGGGAGCCACGGCUACUAGUUCUGUUACGGCUGACCAAACUACCGGCGACCACUGGACGCGCGUCUACUUCGUGCUGCUCGGGCUUGGCGUGCUCAACCUUGUCGCUGUGGUCGUCGGCUUCUCCGAUACCAUCUGGAAGCGGCAACGGGUCAUGACUCCCGGCGCCGACGGUAGGCAUGCCGAGGAAGAUGGUAGCACGAUGCAGACCAGCCAGUCAAAGGCGGCGAUGAAGGACAUGCGAGACCUCUUCUCUCUGCGUUCAUUCUGGACGAUUAGUCUUUUCUACUUUUUUGAGCUCGGAGCCUGGAUGACGGCUGCAGGCUGGGUGGUAGAGUAUCUUGUUAGGGUGCGGUCCGGAGAGCUCUCCAGGAUGGGUUACGUCCCUACGGGAUGGAACGGUGGUAUUCUCCUGGGCCGCAUCCUGCUGGCAGAGCCCACGUUUCGCCUCGGUGAGCGGCGCAUGCUGUUGAUCUACAGCGCCAUUUGUACGGCCUUGCAGCUCGUCUUUUGGCUGGUUCCAAACAUUAUCGCCAGUGCCACGGCCCUUAGUAUCAUGGGCUUCUUCUUCGGACCCUUCUUUGCCACUGGUGUCUCCGUAGGCUCAAAGCUUCUUCCUCGGAAAGUACGAUCCCAAGGUCUAAGCCUCAUAUUCGUCGUAGCUCAGGCAGGCGCCUCUCUAUUCCCAUCGCUGACGGGCAUCAUUGUAAGAGAGCCAUUGCUGAAACAUGCUGUCCCUGCUCCUAUUGUCCAAGGAGAGAAAAAGAUAGAGACCGAUUGAGAAUUGAUGACGUCAAAUAUCCAAAGGCAACGAGGGUUGGUGUGCAGGUCUUGCAGCCCAUAGUCCUCUCACUCAUCGUUGCUGGCGGUAUUUGUUGGUGGCUUGUACCCAAGGGUCCGACAGAUUCAAUCCGUGCAUAGAUAGUAUAACAAAACAGUGUAUGUUGAGACUUAUGAUGAAUUGGUGGUGUCAUUGGGAACCAAAAAGCGGGGGUGUGGUGCAGCCAGGCACCAGGUAGGUAGGCAGUUACCCGGGUAGCCUUCCUUACCAGCAAAAAGCCUCUAGCUAAGUCUAGUUCGGCCUGCCUGUAAAGGCUACUUGUUUUGUUGAUUCCUGAGCUGUCAAUUCGGUCAUUUGCUACGAAACCUGCCUGUAUGACUGCGGCAACGAGACGAGGACGCUUGACAAGAGAAAGACACACCGGUUCAUAAAGAGGAUUUUUUCGGCCACAGUGCGUGAAUCAAGAAUGGAUCACAUUGUAACGGUAGGCGUCUGUUACCUCGACACGAUUCUUAGGUUAGUUUGUCACUGGAAUCUCCAGAGCAGUUUGCUCUUCGCAAUGCCGGCUCGCUGAGGGAAAUGUUGAUGCUCAUGUAAAUCUUUUCGCAUGGACACAGCGUUCCUAAUUUCCCCGAGGAGGACUCCAAGCUGCGAGCCACAAAUGUCCAGGUUCGUCGGGGCGGCAACGGCGCCAACACGCUGGAAGUCCUCCAGCAGCUCCUGCCACGAUGCGGAGAUCACCAAGGCCAAAGUCGUCCAAGUCUGCAUCUCAUGACGCCUCUGCCGGACUUAGAGUCUCCUGAAACGGCGCAGGUUGUCGACUCGUUCGGCACCGAUAGUCCUAUUGACCUGAGUCUCUGCUUGCAUCGGAAGGGGAUCCAAAAGGCCGCGAGCAGCUACAUACUCCGCAGCAAUGCGACUGGGUCAAGGACUAUUGUCAAUCACAACCCGCUGUCCGAGAUGGAGGCGGAUGAGUUCUUGCGGGCAGCAGAAACCUGGUUCUCAAGAAUGCAAGCCGAGCCGAGCAGGACGUGGUGGCACUUCGAGGUGAGUCAAGCGCGCACUUCCAGCGCAGAAUAUCCCCAUGGUCGGAUGAAUGCAUCAAAUGGCCCCUCAAUCUCAAUCUGCGUUUGUUGUUGUUGUUGUUGUUGUCUUUUUGGCCAUGGGAGCGUGCAAACACAUGUAGAAGAGAAGAAAAAGAUGCACACGCCUCCCUAGCUCCCCCACAUACGUAUAGAGAGACAGCUGCAUGCACGAUGCAGCAGCACGUCUGUUGCUGACAAUGUCGCCCAAACGCCCCUCCUGCGUGUUGUGGCGUGCGUGCGUGGUUGGUCUAGGGUAGAAUACCGAAAACUACGUCGGAGUGUAUCCGCCACCUGCGCCGACUCUGGCCUUCCGUUAGGGUCAGUGUCGAGUGCGAGAAGCCUGGGAGGGAAGGGCUGGAUGAGCUCGCACGUCAGGCCGAUUUCGUGUUUUACUCCCACAGCUGGGCUGAGGCAAGUCAAAUGAGAUGCCUCCCUUCAACUUUCAUCAUUGCGAGUUGAUCACAUGCACCUGUACGAUAAGCGUUGAGGGUGGAAGCGAACCAGGAGUGGCAGCAGGUGUAAGGCUCGGGGCGUCCAGACCCCAAGACUACAAGCCUUGCCACAGCGAAAGGGUACCAGAGUCCUGAUGAAUGCCUGAGGCGAGAGGCGCCUCGUACUGCAUCACACGUCUUUGUCACCUGGGGCGGGCACGGCGCAUCGGCCAUGGCAAUAAAAGGCCAAGACGAGUACCACCAUUGCACUGUGAGGGAUGUGCAUGUUGACAACGGGAAUGACGAUAUCCGUGUAGUGGACACUGUUGGAGCCGGUGACACCUUCAUAGCGGGGAUCUUGUUUGGAUUUGCAUGCCACCCUGACGACUGGGACUUGCCGCGCAAGUUGCGAUUCGCUGUGCGACUGGCCACUCAAAAGGUCCAAAAGGAUGGUUUCGGCGGUCUGACGGCACCGGGUAACGACGACUUGCCUUCCUGAGCGGGGGGCCAACCGGGACGAGAAAAGCCCCCAUAUCCGAGUCAUAUCAUGCAAUGUUAUCAAGUUCAACUUUUUUUUGCCUAAAAAGUCGUUUUAAGGGAUCUUGUUUGCUUUGUUUUCUUUUUUUAGUCGACCCAUGCAGUAGCGUUCGACUUUGCGAUAUGCAAGUGUGCUAAGGGAGAAAGCAAUCCCCAUCUUACAUAGAAUGGCCCAACAAAGAUGGUUGGUCAUGCAGAUACUGGUCAGGCUCCUUGAAGUGGCGCCCCGAGGGUCUGUCCGCAUAUACGUACUGUAGUCAGGGCCGCCCCUGACAGUCUGGCCAGUUAAGUAAUGGAUAUAGUAGCGCAUAACAAGUUCUGGACUGUGCCCUGAAAGCAUAACUCUCACACACCCUUGAGUGGCGGUGAGCUGAUCAAAUUGGUAAGGCUAACAGCCUCUUCUUGAGCGUACAAGUUGAACGUUGGCCCGCUUAAUUUACGACGUAGUCGUUCG